AUGGCAUCGCAACAUCCGCACCCAUUUGAUCCCCUUUCUCCCGAGGAAAUACAAAAGGCCGCAUCCAUUGUGAGGCCAUGUUUCGCAGGCCAAGACCCGAAUUUCCGCUUCAUCACUCUAAAGGAACCUCCUAAAAAGCACAUGAUUGCUUUUCUCGACCGUCAACGCAAUGGGUUUACCGAUGAAGCCGCUCGGCCCCCACGUCAAGCCCGCGUUCAGGUUAUCGCCUCGCCGGCUCCUAAGGAAGCGAUUCAGCUAUUUGAGUUGAUUGUAGACUUGGACGAGCAGUCUGUGGUGAAACUUGAGAAUCUCAAGGGAAAACACUCGUUUAUCGAUUCGAGCUACAUGGGUGAGGUUGAAAAGGCCUGUUUGGCUGAUGAGCGAGUGCAGGCUGAGAUAGAGACGCUGCGGCUUCCAGCUGAGGCGGUUGUUUGUGUCGAGGCGUGGGCUUAUGCGACGGAUGGGAUGAAUGAUAUGACGGAGAGAAUAACCAUGUGCUGGUUCUAUAUGCGUCUUACAAGCAACCCGGAUGCCAAUUACUACGCCUAUCCGCUGGACAUUUGCGCUGAAGUAGAUGAGAAACAACGAGUCCUCAAAGUCUAUCGGCUUCCGUCAAGCUCAAACGAAAGCAUUCACAACGAAGCUCGGCCUUAUGACCGCAGCAAGAUUCACCCAGCCACGGACAGCGAAUAUCACCCAAGUCUACGAUCAGGCUACAGACAGACUACAAAGCCAUACCAGGUUGUACAGCCAGAGGGCCCGUCAUUCCAAGUCGAUGGAAACUCGAUAGCCUGGGAGAAAUGGAGCUUGCACGUCGGCUUCAACUACCGAGAGGGCCUCACGCUGCAUGACGUCCGCUAUGAUGGGCGCAGCCUCUUCUAUCGCCUGUCGCUGGCAGAGAUGUUUGUUCCUUAUGGAGAUCCGCGGUCGCCGUAUCAGAGGAAAGCGGCUUUUGAUCUGGGCAAUGAUGGAGCGGGCAUCAAUGCCAAUAACCUCCAGCUUGGGUGUGAUUGUCUGGGGACGAUUAAGUACUUUGACGGGUGGCAUAACACGCGGUCUGGCGAACCGCUGAAGAUGCCAAACGUGAUCUGCUGCCAUGAACAAGACGACGGCAUUCUAUGGAAACACACCAAUUUCCGCACAAAGAAUGCGGUUGUGACGCGAUCUCGCAUUCUGGUGCUGCAGACCAUCAUUACUGUGAGCAACUACGAGUACAUCUUUGCGUUCCACUUUGGCCAGGAUGCCUCGAUCCAGUACGAGGUGCGGGCGACGGGCAUUUUGUCGACUGCGCCGAUUGCCGUGGGAGAGACGGUGCCGUAUGGAACGGUCGUUGCGCCGGGCGUGCUGGCGCCGUAUCACCAGCAUCUGUUUUGUCUGAGGAUUGAUCCGGCGAUUGAUGGGCAUGCGAAUUCGUUGCUGGUGGAGGAGAGCCGUGCUUUGCCGAUCGGGGUUCCGGGUGUGCAUAAUCCGCUGGGAGUUGGGUAUGUGACGAGCAAGCAAUUCGUUGAUGAGGAGCAGGGCUUGGAUCUGGAUUUUACUACAAAUCGGACUUUUAAGAUUGUCAAUGAGAAAGUUGUCAAUCCGGUAACUGGGACGCCGGUGGGAUUCAAGAUUGUGCCGUUCUACAGCCAGAUGCUGCUCUCCCAUCCUACAUCUCACCAUGCACGGCGUUCAGAGUAUGGACAGCAUGCGAUUUGGGUUACUCGCUACGACGACGACGAGUUUUUCCCGGCUGGUCGACACACGAUGCAGUCUGCGGGAGGAGAUGGGAUUGCGUCGGCCAUUGAGAGGAGGCGAAAGGAUGCUGCAGUUGAUACGUCUGUGCGGGAUGAGGAUAUUGUUGUUUGGCACACGUUUGGGUCGACGCAUAAUCCGCGGAUUGAGGAUUGGCCGGUGAUGCCGUCGGAGAAGAUGGUUGUUGGGUUGAAGCCGGUUAAUUUCUUUGGGGGGAAUCCGGGGCUGGAUGUUGCGGUGUCGACGCAGGAGCUGAAUCGGAGUGUUGAGGUGGGAGAUGGGGAUGGUAGGGCAUGUAAUGUGUGUAAUUAA